AUGGAUACCAAAGCCAACAAACUCCCAUAUAACGUUCCCGCCGAUGCGGUUUGGUUCAUAACCGGCUGCUCCUCUGGCAUCGGCAAAUCACUGGCAAAGCUCCUGCUACAACACCCAACAUACCGCGUGGUCGCCACGGCCCGCAAGCCAUCCGCGCUGUCGGACCUUGCCGUCCCAGGCACAGAGGACCGCCUCCUCCCCACCGCUCUGGACGUGACCUCGCCCGAGUCCAUCGAUGCCGCCAUCGCCACCACCUUGUCUCGCUUUGGCCGCAUCGACGUCCUCAUCAACAACGCCGGGUUCGGAUUCUUUGGCGACGCCGAGGCCUCCACGCGCGAGCAGGAGCUGAGCCUCUUCGAGACCAACCUUUGGGGUCCCGUCGCGCUCUCCAAACACGCCGUCAGGAUCAUGCGAGAUGAGAACCCAAAGAACGGGUCUAUCGGGGGCGUCAUCAUCAAUGUUAGCAGCAUGGGCGGGUUCAUAACUGUGCCCAGUCAUACGUAUUACCAUGCUUCCAAAUUCGCCCUGGAAGGUUUUACCCAAGGUUUUGCCAAGGAGAUGCGUCCGGAAUGGAAUAUCCACUUUUGCAUCGCCGAACCCGGUGGCGUCCAGACUGAGUUUGGAAACAAUGUAAAUCGAGGUAUUCGCCACCCAGCUUACGAGGCGCCCGACACGCCGGCCCGCAUCAUCGAAGCCUACAUCGCCGACCCGGAAUCGGCAAAAUUCUGGGCCAAAGCGGACCCGACUGCGCGAGCCAUCAUCGAGAUCGUGACUGGUGCAAACGAGAGUGGCAAAGGUCGCAUCCCUAUCCGCGUGCCCAUCGGGGUCGAUGCUUAUGUCGCCGUCAAGGCCGAGGCGGCAAAGAUUGCUGCAGAGCUGGAAGAGUUCAAGGAUCUGUCGAUGAGCACGCAAAAUGAGCUCAGUGGGGAACUGCAGGCCCUCCUUGGGCAUUAG